UGUAAGCAGCAAGGUGCCGCUUUGCUCUCAGAACGCAGUCUUUCCAAGAGGACUCAUUUUUGCCGAUGCUGGAACGUUCCAAUGAGUUUACAUAAUCACCCCAAAGAAGUGACCCAUGCAGCCUCUUUUUCCUUUAAUGGGAGCACAGAUGUGCUGGUGCUGCAGAGCACUGGCAGAGAAGACAAUUGCACAGAACCUGGAGCAACCUUCCAACAUUCCCUUUAUGCAGCCACGUACACGAUUGUCUUCAUACCAGGCCUCCUGACCAACAGCAUGGCCCUGUGGAUCUUAUGCCGCUUCACCAGCAAGCACAACAAAAAUGUCAUCUUCAUGAUUAACUUGGCCAUGGCUGACUUUGCUCACGUCCUCUCGUUGCCUCUGAGGAUAUAUUAUUACAUCAACUAUAAGUGGCCAUUUGGGAGCUUCCUUUGCCAGCUCUGUUUCUAUGUGAAGUAUCUCAACAUGUAUGCCAGCAUUUGCUUCCUUACUUGCAUCAGCAUGCAAAGGUACCUCUUCCUGCUCCACCCGUUCAGGGCCAAAGACUGGAAACGGAGGUAUGAUGUGGCCAUCUCUGUCACUGUGUGGAUCAUUGUUGGAGCCGCUUGCUUGCCUUUUCCAUUGUUGAGAAGUUCCAAUGGCAACGACACUUGCUUUACCGACCUUGGCAUCAAGAAGAUUGGCGGCAAGGCCAGCUCAGUCUUGGUAGUGCUGGUGGCCGAAUUGCUUGGCUUUUUCAUCCCUCUUGUCGUCAUCGUCUAUUGCACCUGGAAGACAAAAGCCUCACUCCAAGAACCCCAUUUCCCCUUGCAAAACACUACUGAGAAGCGGAAGGCAUUACGGAUGGUGGCCAUGUGUGCUAUAGUCUUCUUUGUGUGCUUCACCCCAUACCACAUCAUGUUUUUCUUCUUUAUGAUGGUGAAAGAGGGCAUUAUCGGAGACUGUGCCGUAGUCCAGAGUAUCCUGUACCUGCACCCUUUUUGCUUAAGCCUCGCAAGUCUUACCUGUUGCUUGGAUCCAAUCCUCUAUUUCUUUACAACAUCAGAAUUCCAGAGUCAGAUCUCAAAACAUAGCAGCAUGGCCACCAGGAGUCGUUUGAUGAGCAAAGAAAGUGCUUCUUCUGUUAAGGAUUAAAAUAAGUUGGACCUCUAGCUGGCCAAGGAACCAUAGGAAGCUGCCCUAUGCCAAAUCACAAUACUGAUCCAUCUAACUCAGCAUUGUCUAAAGUUACUGGCAGAUUCUCAAUUAUAGUGAAUGAGGAGGGAACAGAUCUUUGUUUUCAACAUACCUGAUUCAGUCCUAAAGGCUGUGAAACAAAUCAGGCUUGUUCUCAAAACUAAAAUUAAAAAUCAAAAUCAAAUUUGUGGCUAGUGCAUCCCUUCACUUGCCGUACAUGUGUGGACUCCCCCAUGAUGUGAAAACGUGUGUGCUCCACAUUCCAUACCAUGGAGUGGGUAGAUGGGGAAGAGGAGGAGCCUACAUGCGUAGGUCAGGGUCCUCUCUACAAACAUCAUCCAGGUUGUGAACAGUGGGGACAGGGCUGCAGAAUCAUUGAGUCGUAGAGAUGUAAGGGGCUUAUAAGACCAUCUAGUCCAACCACCUCCUCAAUGCAGAAAUCCAAAUUGCAUACCAGACAGGUGGCUGUCCAGCUGCCUCUUGAAUGCAUUGUGUUGGAGAGCUCACCACCUCCCUAGGUCAUUGGUUCCAUUAUCAUACCCCUCUAACGGUUAGGAAGUUGUUCCUGAUGUUCAGCAGAAAUCUGGCUUCCUGUAACUUGAACCCACUAUUCGGUGUCCUGCACUCUGGAAUGAUCAAGAAGAGAUCCCAGUCCUCUUUGUGUGACAACCUUUCAAGUACUUGAAAGCCUGUACAUUUCCGAGCUCGAUUCAAGGUGCUGGUUUUAAUCUAUAAAGUCUUACACAGCUUAGGAGCACAAUACCUGAUGGAAACCUCUCCCAACAUGAACCCACCAGUACACUACGCUCAACAUCCAAGGCCCUCCUCUGGGUGCCUACUCCGAGGGAAGCUAGGAGUCUGGCAACAAGGGAGAGGGCCUUUUCAGUGGUGGCCCCCAAAUUAUGGAAUGAUUUCUGUGACGAGGUGUGUCUGGCACCAACACUGUUAUCUUUUUGGCACCAGGUCAAGACUUUCCUCUUCUCCCUGGCAUUUUAGCAUGUGUUUUUAAAUUGCUUUUUAAUUUUUAAAUCGGUAUAUUUAAUGUUUUAAUUCUUGUAAACAGCCCAGAGAGCUUGGCCUAUGGGGUGGUAUACAAAUGGAAUAAAUAAAUAAAUAAGUACUUUAAAGUACAUGAAGAAUACUAUCGGAUCUCCCCACUCUCUUCUCAUCUCAAGGCUCAACAUGCCCAGUGCUCUCAGUCUGUAUCUGUGUGUGAUGAUGAGGGCAGUUCCAGUUGGCACAACCUCACUUUCCAAUUGUGAAUUGUGCAAGGGGAAACACCCAAAUAGGACUAUGGUAUGCCUUUCACAUGUAAGAAGAGCAUAAGAACUAUCUUAUAGACAGAGCUGUUUUUAUAGUGAGUCAGACCACAGGUCCAUCCAUCUCAGGGUUUCAAACAAGAACCUUUCUCCACUCCUAUCUGUAGAUGCCAGGGGUUGAACCUGGGGCCUUUGGCAUGCAAAGCAUGUGAUCUACCACUGAGCUACGGCCCUUUCCCUGAUAAAGCAAGAUAGGAAGCUGCCUUAUACCAAGUCUGACCACUGGUCCCUCUAGCUCAGUAUUGUCUACACUGACUGGCAGUGCCUUCCCAAGGUUUCUGACUGGGGACAUUCCUAGCCCUACCCAGAUACGCUGAAGAUUGAACCUGGGAUCUUCUGCAUGCAAAACACGUGCUCUGUCAAUGGGCUACAGUCAAUUCCCACCCCCAUUCUCAAUACAGCAGCUGCUGCAGUUUUAAGUGGGAGACUUAUGGAGAAUGAGGCUGUAAAAACAACAAAAUAGGAUAGUCACCUAGUUAAAGAGAUUAUGCAGGCCCAUUUUUAAUUUUUUUUUAACAAAUACAUGUACCUUUCCUCAGAAGCAAAUCCCGCUGAUUUCCAUGGAACUCAUUCUCUGCAAGUAUACAUCAUAUGAGUUUCAACUGAGUCGUCAGUGGGUUUGUUGAUGAUAUUUGCAUAAACGUGUAUAUACAUGAAUAAAACAAUCAUU